AUUGAACACGUCUCAGAAUAAUCAGCAUGCCCAAUAAUUCUAUACACAAGUCUGCACGCACCAAACCUACUCGAAGGAAGAAGAAGAAAGGUGCAAAUACUUUGGAACGUAAGCAGCAGCUUGCCGACCAGGACAAUUACAGCACAUUGACCUUUGGCUCACCAAACUCAGAGUCGCCAGGCAACAGGCUUCGAGAGGCUAAAUCUACCAGAAACCACCGGCGACUUAUUCCAGAGCCCACAGGUGAGCCAGGUCACGGAGGAGACAAAGGAUACAACCUACAAAAGGAGCUCCUGCCGGAAGAUAACUCAGAUCGCUACAACCGCCUCAGACUCUCUGUUAGAAAGCGCACUCCGCAAUAUCUGAACAUGACAAAAACACUUAGCAGGCAGCCCAAGCUCAAGCUGGCACAUUUUGUCCAGAAGAUGGUGAAGAAAUUCCCAUAUUUCCAAGAUUUUGAAGAUGGCUGGCCUGUUCGAGCCAUCUUGUACGGCUACUUAGGAAACAGUGCCCGUUGAAUGAAGGAUAUCUUUGCUAAGAAGAGCAAGCAGCACAGUCUUCGCCUGAUAGAAACAGGAAAGGUAAGCAUAUUAGCCAA